CCUCUUUUUCAGCUUCAUCUUCGUUUGCUUUUGUGUGUGUCUCUCUGGAUAUUUCAUCCUCCAUCAUCACCAUCAUCUUCAGUCUUUCUUAUGUUUUCAUCUGUUUUUGUGUUUCUCCUGUGAGGCAGUUUGAAUGGUUCAAGAAAAGGAUUAAAAGCAAAUACUCAUUUAAUGAAUCUACUUGAAUGGAUGAAUGUUAUUCCUUACCAUUCCCAACUAAAUUAUCCCUCAAUUGAAACAUCUGAUUAUUAAAUUGUGCACUCAAAUUAAUCCAGAACAGUUUCUUGUUUACAGUUUGUUUCACAUCUUUCAGUAUUGUUAUUGUUUUCAUUGCUACUGCUUACCAUUUCCACAGUCAUUUCAACAGUGAAAACCUUGCAUUCCUCCGUUAUUGAUAUACAUUUAAUUGUAUAACAAAAUGAUUUAAAUUUAAAUUUACCUAAUUUUACUAAAUAAUUACCAAUCUAAUCAUGUGUACAAAUAUAGAUGAAACAAGUAACUCUAAGCGAAAAGCUUUGGAGUUAAUAACCAAUAUUUUCAGGAAAAAAUCGAAAGAAUGUUUGAAAAAUUGGAAUGAAACUGAAAAUUAUCCUCCAGUUCCAACCAUGAAUAAUACACCAAGUGAACCUACUGAUGUUGCUGCUUCAAUCGUUGACUCUCGGAAGGAAGUAUCAAGUCCGUCGUUUUAUGUAUCUGAAUUUGGUAUUCCUCCACACUCACCAGUUUCACCGAGAGUUAAAAAUAUUAAUGAAGACAUGGAAGCGUUAACACUAUCGCGCCAAGACAAUCCUUUCAUCGCAUCUAAAUUGGAAAAAUUGUCAGCUUCAGAAGAGCUGCUGUCCUCAUCAUCCUCAUUGACAAUUCAACAGGAAGACCACAACAUUUCGACCCCUACAACCUCAUCCAAUGAUUAUUAUCAUCAACAUUUUUCUCCAUCAAAUAAAACUGGUUCAUCAUCGUUCAUCAACCCUUCUUUGCAUAAUUUAGAAAUUGAAGAGAUUACCCAAGAUGAUUCCAAUCUCCACCAGCACCUAAUUAGAUCGCCACCGCCUCAAUUUCCGACUAAAUUAUCGCACUUUGUUUUCCCUUUGCCAAAUAGUCCAAUAAGAAAUAUAUCUUCUCGUUAUGGUGCUUUUUUGAGUCCAGAUCAUCGAUCAGAAUCAAAAUCAGACUAUCGAUCAGGUGCAAUUAAUUUAUCAACUAAAGCUCUUGCCGAUAAAUUAACAUUCCAAUCAACGCACUCGCUGUCAAUCAAAUCACCGCCAAAAAUAUUCAAUACUUAUCGCAAAAAUUCUAUGGGUCAUAUUGGAGACAAAUUAAUUAAUCAAUCAUCAUCGUCAUCUUCUUCCUCGUCAUCAUCAUCUUCAUCAACUUCAGACAAUAUAGCACGUCGAUCAUCUUCAGAGUCAUUCAAAAAAGAUUUAACUAAAAUACCAAAAACUUCUGGUCAAUCCUCAAAUGAAGCUGUUAAAAAUACUGAUUAUCAUUCUUUAAUCAAUGAUCCUAAAAGUUCCUCUAAUCUUACAAGCAACAAAGAGCAGUGUAAUAAUGUUAUCGACUAUCUGAAAGGAAAAAUAACUGGAAAUGGGUCAAAAGAAGACGAAGACAAGUUGAAAGACAAUGAAAAUGAUAGCAAUAAUGAUAAUCCUUCCAUUAACUGGAAUCACUCUGAAACUGGCCUAUCCAAUUCUCGAGAAGCUCUUAUAUCGACUCAAUCAUCAUUACUUGAUGCUUCUGAUUGACAAGGAAACAUUCAUCGCAAUAUUUAACAUUCCGACAUCUGAUUUUGCCUAUUUCUUCUCGAAAUAUUGCUAUAAUCAAUUGUAAUUCAUUUAUUUUCACCAUCUUUGUUUCGCUAUCAAAUUACCUUUGUCAAAUUAUUUAAAUAAAAAUCAAAAUAUAGUAUUUAAUAUUAGUAAAUGUU